UACACUGUGCAUUGGCCACACUGGAUAGAAAGCAAAACGAAAACUCAACGCAACUACAAAUUUAUUAUUAUAACAAACCAUCUAUUACUAAUUAUGCUCAAUAGUAUUUAAGCAAAUACAAUGAGCGCCCACCACAGGCCCCUGGACGAAUCGGAUGUGGUGUUAAUACGCACCAUACGCUCAACACCAUCACUAUAUGACCACAGACAUGGCGACUUUCGCCUCUCGCAGCGCAAAGAAGAGGAUUGGGCCAAAGUUGCCGAGGCCCUAAAUAUUUCAUCGCCCGAUGCGCGACGUCGCUGGACGUGUUUGCGGGAUCGCUAUUCGCGUGAAUUGAAACAAAUGCGCCUUCAUCCCACAUCUGAAUUUGGACGUAAUGAAUUCUUUCGACAAAUGGACUUUCUGCGCGAAUUUGUUCGCAAACGUCGUGAACGCAGCCGUCGCGAUGAUACGCCAACAAGUUGGCUAAAGACCGAGCCGCGGGCUGCGAAGCAUCUCCUGAAAAUGCGUGCGGAUCCUGAACCCAUGAUCGAACAGGAUAUGGAUGAUUCGCAAGUGUACGACGAUUGUGAACACAACUACGAUGCGGAUGCCAAGUUGGAAGUGCAAACGACGCAAUCGGAAAGUUAUUCAGUGCUCGUUGAAGCGGACGAUGGUGACGGAGAUGGCGAAGGUGAUGGCGACGGCGACGGGCAGGAUUCAUAUGAAGAGUAUAUGGCCGAUGCGGAAGCUGUCGAGCGUAAAGUGUUGCCCACAUUACAACCAUCGCCAGCUCUCGUCUCCGUCCACUCGGAGCCCGCAACGACAGCUGCAACGGCGGCGUCCACAACAGAUGAAGGAGCUGCGUCCUCAGACAUGUUGCGGCAUUCGCAGACAGAUGUGGAUUAUGUGGUCUGUAUGCCGAAUGUGCGAGUUGAGCGUGAACAGGCAAAGCCAGAGAUGAACUCUGGUUUUGAGGCAAUAGCAACAACAACAACAGCAGGAGCAGCACCCGCCACCAUAGGAGCCACAGGAACCGCGACGACUAACGAGACUGAAGAUGAUUUCUUCUGCAAAUCGGUAGCGGCGUAUUUGCGACAAUUGUCGCGACGUCACAAGAUCAAGGCGAAAGUUGAGAUGUAUCAGAUACUAGAGAAGUAUAUAUUGUUGGAGGAGUCUGGAACAGGAUCGGGGACGGCAGCGGGAUCGGGUCACAAUGGUUAAGCAGGUUACAUAGCUAUAUAUGUAUAGUUUUUAAAUCAAUUUUUAUGGAGUACAAAUAUACAAGUGACAAAAAUUUAA